UAUGUGUAAUGAGAAACACCUGGAACCUGAACACCUGGGUAUAGGGGUGGAGCAUGGAGUGUGGAGACCCUAGACCACUUGGCUCCAGACCCUCCUCCCCCCCUCUCCACUCUCCUUCUUUCAAUCUGAAAUGUGGUUGUGGACCAGGCUCGGAUACAGAUCUAAACUGACUGAAGAGCAACCAUGUCUGACUGUAAUGAAAUGAUUUCCAUGGCCAAGCUGGCUGAGCAGACAGAGCGCUAUGAGGACAUGGCCAGCACUAUGAAAAAAUACACAAAGAUGAAGAGUCAACUCAGUGCAGAAGAGCGAAACUUGUUCUCAGUAGCUUACAAAAAUGUGGUGGGUGCUUGUCGUUCUUCAUGGCGAAUUAUCUCCAAUGAGGAAAGCAAAGCUGGUGAAUAUAUGAAGAAUGUAACUAAAAGCUACAGGGAGGAAAUUGAAAAUGAGUUGAAGAAGACUUGCCAAGAAGUUUUGGAUCUCUUGGAUGACCCGUUGAUUCCUAAUGCUGUAAAUGAUGACCAAGUGUUUUAUUAUAAAAUGAAAGGUGACUACCACCGUUACUUGGCUGAAGUGGCACCACAAGAUGACACUGAAAGCAAGUCAAAAUCAGAAGAGGCUUACAAAAAAGCCUGUGAAAUCUCUGAAAAGAUGCCCCCCACAGACCCCAUCCGUCUUGGUCUAGCCCUCAAUUACUCAGUUUUCCAAUAUGAGAUCUGCAACAAUGCUGAACUUGCGUGCAGUUUGGCUGAAAAGGCUUUUGAUGAUGCCAUUGCAGAACUAGGCAGUCUCAGUGAUGACAGUUACAAAGACAGCACACUUAUCAUGCAGCUUCUGAGAGACAAUUUAGCACUGUGGAACUCUGGUAACCAGUGUGAAGAUGGAGAUGAGUGAAUCUUCUGACUUCAGUAGUUUACAAUAGUCUCCCUGCCUUUCAGCAUUCCAGCUCAUUUUAUGGAGACCUGUUUGGUUAUCAAUGUCCUCAGGCAUUUAAUGCUCAACUCCUGUAGGCCGUUUUGAAGUAUGAAGGGCGGUAACUAAUGAUCACUGUAGCAAUUAUUAUUUUGGUUGUUUGCAUAGCAAAGGACAGGAAUAAGACAUUUUUAUUCAUUACACACAUGUUGUGUCAUUUUGGGUUAUAACUGCACUGUCUGCGUCAUAAAACCCCUUCUCUCAGCAAAUAUCACAGUUUAGUUUAGAAAAUGAUAGCUUUGGUUGAGAAUUAUUUCAAUAAAUUACUGCAUUUAAAUUUCAGCCGUAGACAUAUGUAAGGAAAGUGUAUUUGCAUACUUGAGGUCAGUAAGUGCUUGGACAUUUAAGUCACUGUUCAUGUCAUAAGUUGCUUUGCUGGAAAUGUUGUCACCAUUUUAGAUUUGAGGACAUUCUCAACUGUUAUACCAAAUGCAUAUUUAUACACAGUCUCAACUUUUCUUUACUUUUGGUAUACAUCGGUUUUACAUUUUUAAACCUGAGCAAUAAGUGAAGGUGACAGACAAGCAACUGUUGCGGACAAAUGGUGACACAAAUUAAGAUUUAAUCCACCCAGGUUACAUUUUGCCUAUUAUCCAAAUGUUUAGUUUCUGUUGUUUUAGUGGGAGAUCUGCAGCUGUAUUUAUGUUCAUAUAUUAACAGUAAAUUUAAAGAACAAAAACGACUACAGGACUACACUGACAACAGUUCUCCGUUUUGUAUUUCUCUUUUGUAUUGGCAUGUUCCUCUUUGGUUAUUCUCCUUUUAGAAUUGGGUUCUUUUUAAUUAUUUAAGACAAGUAUUGAGCAAAAGGGGGCUCUUAAUUGUAUGUGGUGAAAGUAGGUCUUGUUAAGGAACUGUUGCAUCUAUCUGGUUAGCUUUAUCUGUGUCUAGAGGUAACAGGUUAACAGAUAAAAACAGGACACUGAAAAGCAUUAUGUGUUUUGGGGGAAAAUGUUUCAUUUAAAUAAGAAUAAAAGUAUAAAGAAAGCUCACCAAA